UGUCAUCUGUUGUGAAUGUUUUCAGCUGGAGGCAAGGACUGCGCUGAGCUCUACAAGAACGGGUUAAAACUAAGCGGAGUGUACACCAUUACCCCCUCUAACGGUCAAAGUCCCUUCGAUGUCUACUGUGACAUGACCACUGACGGGGGAGGAUGGACGGUGUUCCAGAAGCGUAUGGACGGCUCUGUAGACUUCUACCGUGGCUGGCAGGAUUACAAACACGGCUUUGGUAACUUAAACGGGGAACAUUGGUUAGGAAACGACCAAAUAAGUCUCCUUACUCACCAGGGGUACUAUGAACUCCGUGUUGACCUAGAAGACGUCACAGGGGUGAAAGUUUAUGCUCGCUAUGAUAACUUUGCUGUGUCUUCGGAACGGACAAAUUAUCAGUUAACACUUGGGGCAUAUUCUGGAAACGCAGGUGAUUCCUUGUCAAGCCAUAAUGGUUUUUCAUUCACCACAAAGGACAGAGAUAACGAUGCAUAUGAAAAGAAUUGUGCGCAGCUUUACAAAGGAGGUUGGUGGUACGAGAGAUGCCACGAUUCCAAUCUGAACGGCCUGUACCACCUGGGUGAUCACACCUCGUACGCUGACGGCGUCAACUGGAAGGAAUUUAAAGGGUACAACCACUCCCUGAAGACAACAGAGAUGAAAGUUCGUCCUGUCGGUUUCAAAUCUGCAAAUAUCGUCAUUGGAUGAAUUUCAGCUUCUUGCAGUGAUGAAACUUUAUUUCAUCACCUGCCAAUGAAAACGUUUUAAAAGUGGAAAUGAAAUAUUGUAGUAAUGCUAAACCUUUCAUUUUUAACGUUCCAAAGGCAAGUCUGGUCUGAAAUUGGAUACUUCUUUUUUGCAUUCAAAAUAAAGUUCAUAAUAUUCAUAUUUAAGAUGAAUAAAACCAAAGGACAUACGGCAAGCGAUUCUACAAUAUGUUAGAAAUGUGUAAUGUUAUAACCAUUAAGUGUUUCUACUGCAAGAUUUGUACUGCAAUGUUUUGAGAGAAUAUUUUUUCAACAAAAUCACUUAAAAGGAGUGCCUUUUUCACUUCAUCAAACUGACCGUGCUCACAUAAUUUCUGUUCCAGCCACAGACCUUUCUUCAAACUUGUGGAAUCUUAUUAAACCAGUGAA